AUGUAAAUCAUAGAGCCAUAAGUUAUAUAAGAGAAUGAAGAGAAAUUUAAUCUAAGUGCUGAAUAAAGUUAGAAUGAAAUAUUUGUUUUUCCAAAUCAUUAAAUUAGUAUUCUAUCAAGGAAUGCUGUCGAUAAAUUGUAAGUCAACAUUGAAAGUUCUAUUUCUUAAUUUACUUAAAUAUUGAUGAAAGCUUAAGAUAUCAUUUUAUAGAAUCACAAAAAUCAAGAUUUAUGCAAUAAAGCUGUGCAAGUAGUUUAAUAAGUUUCUAUUGGAUUAAUGUAAGUGAUUAAUAUCCGUUAAUUACUUGAGAAUAAGGCUUUAGCGAUUGAAUAAAGCUUUAGUAGCUUAAACAUUAUAUGUACAACAAAUUAGUUAAAUCAAUACUCAACAAAUUUAGUACUUGAUUAUAUGAAUCACUUAAUCUUAGAAAAAGUUUUAGAGCUGCUAAAUAAUUUCGAACAGUUGCAGAAAGAAUAAAAAAGAACUCUUGCAAUACAUUUGGCCAAAUUACAGUCUUGUAUAGAAAUUCUUCCAGGAGCCACAAUUGUAAAACAUAAUGAUUUAUUUGCCAUAUCCGAAGAUCAUUAGGAUUGGUAAAUGAUAAAACCAUAUAUUGAAAAAAAGUAAUUAGCUAGUAAUGAGCAAAUAAAGAAGUCUUAUGAUAAAGUAUCUUUUGGAAUUCUACUUGGAAAUGCUAUGAUUUCAAAAGGAUUAGAAUACAAUGGAGAAUUAAAAAAAACUUUUAUGGAGGGAUUUGGAGCACUUUAUUAUGGAUUAAAUAAGAAAAAGAUGAAAAGUAGAGCAAAUCAUUUUCUUGUAGAAGCCAAAUAAGAAGAUGCUUUUAAAGCAUGGAAUUUACCUGAGACUGGUAUAAUAAAAAAGUUUCUUCCAGCUAUUUUCCCUUCAAUAUCUUUCAAUAAAAAAAUAUAUAUUCCUAAAUUAUUUAGAUAGAUUACAAAGGAAUACAUUUUGUAAUAAUAUAAAUAAGAAACAAUAAAUAAAAUUAAUAAUGAUUGUGGAGUAUUUUUUCCAGAUUAAAUGAUAUCAUUAGAAGAUUUGUUGAAAAAUGAUUUAAAUCAAGAUAGAGUAUAAGUAAGGAUUUUAUGUCAUGAAACUCUAAAAUUUAGAGGAGUUGAAGGAUUUAUGUCAAUGUUCAAAAGUACUAGAAGUAGAGAGAUUAAUUUCGAUAAGAUAGUUAUUCAUAUACGUAGAUUAUAUUUAUAAAUAAUAUAUAGAUGGGGGAGGUUUUGUUGCUAUGUCAUCUAGAUCUCAUUAAACUUAUACAAGAAAAUGGGCUAAUAAUAUGAGAGUUCCAAUUUUUUCUAUUGAUUACAAAAUGGCACCAGAUCAUCCAUAUCCUGCAGGAUUAGAUGAUUGUUGGUAAGCUUAUAUGUUCAUCAUAACUUUUAUCUAAAGAUUUUUUAAUGUUGUUCCUGCAAAAGUUGUAUUAGUAGGAGAUAGCGCAGGUGGUAAUUUAGUUACUGCUUUGACUAUAUAAGCUAUAAAGUCAGGAGUUAGAGUUCCUGAUGGUAUCUUAUUAGCUUAUCCUGCUCUAUCAUUAGAUAUUAAGGCAUUCACUCCUAGCUUUUUAGUUUCACUUGAUGAUUCAUGUAAAACUAUUUUUUUAAUAAUAAGUAUUGCAUCACACUAUCUUAAAAUUAUGUUUGAAUUCAUAUGUAUUGAAGGAGUUUAACUAAACUAUAGAUCCAAUGCUUUCUCCGUCUUUAGUAAGUGAUGAAAUUUUAAAUCGUUUUCCUAAAACAAGAAUUGUUGUUGGAACUUAUGAUCCACUUCAUGAUGAAAGUUUUAGGUUGUUGUUAAAACUUGUUAAAUUAAAGAAAGAUGUUAAAUUAAUUGAAUAUCAAUCUAUGCCUCAUGGAUUUUUAUCUUUUGAUAUUAUUAAUGGAAUGAAAGAAGCUAAAUAAACUGUUAUUGAUGCUUAAAAUUACUUAUUGGAAAUGCUAAAUUGA